CCUCUGUAUUACCAGGACUGUCCAGAGGAGAAGCUCCCAGAGAACCAUCAGAUGACAAAUCAGGGGGAAGAUGUGACUGAUAUUAAAGUGGAGGAUCAAGUAGAGCGGAUGAUGGUCGAUCCCCCGUGUAAGAGUGAGGAGGAGGAGGACAUUGCAGUCCAUGUGACCAGAGAAAAUUCCUGUAAGAAGCCUGGAGGAAACGUCCUGUUAUCUCUAGAUUAUAAAGAAGAUCAAGAUAUCAUACAGUUCUCUUCAGGAGAAAAUCUUGUUACCUGUAAUGUACAUCCAGGACUUCACAGUGCAGAUCCAUCAUAUAAUCCUCCUAAUCGUGAGGAACCUUCUGACCAAACACAGUUGAAAGGCGGUAAAAGAUUUCAAUGUGUGGAAUGUGGUAAACAGUUUAGAUAUAAUUUAGAACUUUCUGUUCACAGAAGAAGUCACACAGGAGAAAUGCCAUAUUCAUGUACACAAUGUGGGAAAUGUUUUACCAUUAAAUCAAGCUUUGAGGAACAUAAGAGAAGUCACAAAGGAGAGAAGCCAUAUUCAUGUUCAGAAUGUGGAAAAUGUUUUACCAAGAAAUCUAAUCUCGAUCAGCAUAAAAGAAUUCACACAGGAGAGAAGUCAUAUAAAUGUUCACUGUGUAAAAAAUGUUUUAGAUAUAGAUCAGCUUGGAUUACACAUGAGAGAAUUCACACAGGAGAUAAGCCAUAUUCAUGUUCUGAAUGUGGAAAAUGUUUUACCAAGAAAUCAAAUCUUGUUCAGCAUAAGAGAAUUCACACAGGAGAGAAGUCAUAUAAAUGUUCACUGUGUGAAAAAUGUUUUAGACAUAGAUCAGCUUGGAUUACACAUGAGAGAAUUCACACAGGAGAGAAGCCAUACUCCUGCUUAGAAUGUGGGAAAUGCUUUAUAAGUAAAUCUAGUCUUGUUAAACACAAGAGAAUUCACACUGGACAGAAGCCUUAUUCAUGUUUAGAAUGUGGGAAAUUGUUUAGAGAUAAAUCAAGUCUUGUUAAACACGAGCGAAUUCACACAGGAGAGAAGCCGUAUUCAUGUUCAGAAUGUGGGAAAUGUUUUACAAGUAAAACAGAACUUAAUAUACAUCAGAGAAUUCACACAGGAGAGAAACCAUAUUCAUGUUCAGAAUGUGGGAAAUGUUUUACAAGUAAAACAGAACUUAAUAUACAUCAGAGAACUCACACAGGAGAGAAGCCAUAUUCAUGUUCAGAAUGUGGGAAAUGUUUUAUAAAUAAAUCAUCUCUUUUAACUCAUGAGAGAUGCCACACAGGAGAGAAGCCGUAUUCAUGUACUGUAUGUGGGAAAUGUUUUACACAAAAUGCAACUCUUGUUAAACAUAAAAGAAUUCACACAGGAGAGAAGCCAUAUCCAUGUUCAGAUUGUGGGAAAUGCUUUACCAAUCAGUCACAUCUUGCUAGACAUGAGAGAAUUCACAUAGGACAUAAGCCAUAUUCAUGUUCAGAAUGUGGAAAAUGCUUUACCCAGAAAACAAAUCUUGUUACACAUGAGAAAAGUCACAAAGGGGAGAAGCCAUAUUCCUGUUUAAAGUGUGGGAAAUGCUUUACAAAUAAACAAAGUCUUGUUACUCAUGAGAGAAUCCACACAGGAGAGAACCAAUGUUGAUGUUUUGUAUAAGAAUUUUUUAGAAGGAAAUUACAUUUUGAAACUCCUUAUCAAAUUCACACACAGAAGAAACCAUAUUCCUGUUAGGAAUGAGGGAAAUGUUAUGCGAAAAAUAGGACUUUAUUCAUGAAAGAGCUUUAUUUAUUGUCAGAGCAAUGAUGAUGAUUUGUCCCCAUGAACCUUGUUUCUUCUUACUGUAUUCAUACCUCCAACCGGAAGACUCCAGAGGAACAAAGUGUAAGGGGAAGAACACCCUAUGGAGACCUUUAUGUAAUAUACAUAUAUGGACAUAUCGAUAAGUGAUCUUUAUUCAUACAGUAUAUAAAGGUGAUGGAUUAGAAGAAUUGUUAGCAGCACUGGGACUCUAGGUUUGAAUCUAAGGACAACAUCUACAUGGAGUUUGUAUGUUCUUUCUGUGUUCUCCACUUUUAUCCGGGUUCUCCACUUUCAUCUCACACUCCAGA